AGAAAAUCUAUAAACAAAGCUAUCCCAUCCUCUUUCAAUUGAAUUCAAAUCAAACAUCGAAAAUUUAAGGCGGCGACUCAUCUGCAAAUUAUUCCCGCCACCGCCGAAUCCUCUAGAUUCACACACACACACACACACACACACACAUCUGCACCUGCUACUGGGGGAGAAACGCCUCUUUUCAUGAAAAUCUUCCAUGAAGUGCUAUAAACAACAAAAGAGAAAGAGAGUGGAGAUUACAAGAAAGCAAGAUGAAUGCACGGGUGUUUCUGUAAAGAAAUCUGCAAAUGGAACUGGUUGGGAGCGUCAGAAAAUUACAGAAAGUACGCAUUUGGAGCCUCAAAUUCAAAUACAGGUUCCCUCUACAAAGAUUAAACUGCAGCUUUUCCCAAUAAAUGAACAAAUUCGCCUGGGACUAGAGAAGGAUGGACGCAAUCCAUUUUUGGAACUCACUCUAAGCGCUCGGAAGAAGAUAUCAUCAGUGGUUAGGCACCUGGAUACUAAAUGGGGCAGUUCAAAUGUAGCUAAAGGACUACUCACGCUUUUCCCCUACAAUACAAAGUUGGAACAAGUAGCUUUGUGCAAAAGAUGGACUUUGAACGAUACUGCCAUUACUGCAUGGGAGGUUUAUGUUGAUGUGGGCAGUCCUUCGGUUUUCCGCCUAAGGUAUGGCUGGUCUUCCAAUCUUCAGCAGGAGAUGUUUGACAUACCUCCUAAAUCUAGUCCUCUCGAGGCUCAUACAAAUUCUGACGACAGAAGGAGAGGCUGCAGCAGAGGUUUUGAGAUCCCAACUCAUGAAGAGGAAAAAAUAGCCGAAUCUCGUGCGACCACUGAAAAGCAAAUUAAUGUGAAUGAAGCUUUAGGUUCAAACGAUGAUGAGCUGGCAACUGAUGUUGUCCCUGUACACUCAACUGUACCAUGGGAUGAUAAUUGGACCAACUUGAGCAUUGGAGGCCUCCUAUCGGAAAUAUCUUUGCAGGGAAAAAUUAACCGAUCAGAUCCGAAUUCUGUGAACAAAUCUGUCAUGCCGCAAGUUGAACCAAUAUCUGAAAUCAGCAUCGGCGGUCUGCUGACUGAAGCAUCUUUAUUGCGUAAAUGGAGCAAUCCUAGCACGAGACCUGAAAAUGAAUCCUCAAUGCAACCUAUCUUUCUGGCAUCCAGUGAUAUAAGCAUUGGGGGAUUAUUCUCUGAAGCUUCUUUACUUUCAAAUCAGAUUAAGUGUGAUAAACAAACUACGGGAGCAAGCCAUGCACAGUUUCAAUCUCCGUGGGAUGAUAAUUUUACCACCUUAAGCAUUGGAGGCUUGUUAUCUGAGGUGUCGUUACAGGCUAAGGCUGGUGGAAAACCGGAAUUAGAAGAGAGUAAAUCAAAGUUAUGCAACUCGUUCGAUACCCAACUAAAUGCACAUCCCCAAGUACCAAAACAAUCGUGUCAUGAGCCAAAUGUGUCUAUUUUGGAUGCUGAAGAAACAUGCCAUGGUUUUCCGAUUCGGAAACUUCAACUGAGCAGAGACGUCACAACUUCAAAUGCAGGUGCUAGUUCAAGUGGAUUCAGCAAUGUUACAAGCUCAAAAUUGUUCCAGUUUUCUAAGAUGGAAAAAGACACUAUAUUCCCUAAUAUACUGAAGACGAACCCUUUGCCUCGUUCCGAAGGAGCCCCCGAUGAGGACAAAGGACUUCGGCUUUUCAGGCAUCCAUCAGGUUUGGUACUCUUGUCUUAUCAAUUGCAUGCCCAACUAAAUUUUGUGCAAUGACUAUAGCCACAAAUCUUACACAGCUAACUGACAAUGACUUUUUGUGGACCGUUUUAUUCUUUAGCUACUACCUUCAUGACAUGACAAUGGAGCCGGUGGUGACAAAAUUAGCACAAUCGAAUAUGUCAAAAUUAAAUAGCAGAAUUUUCAUGAAGAGUGUCUUGUAUUGAGAGAAGAAAGAAAACUUCUAAGCUCGGCUGUGAAAUUCCGAAGAAUCGUGAGACGUGAAAUUGAAGUGAGUGAAGCCACACCAUCUAAAAAAGCUCACAAUUGGCUCCUAUUCUUCAGGAUCGAGAAUUCUAUUUUUUUUUUUCCAUUUUUUUUUACCCAAAGUAGAUACUUAGAAAUAUAUGAUUGGCAGAAUAAUUAGCGUUCACAGAUUUUGCGGCCAAACACUUCGUUUGGCAUUUCUAUACACUUCUUCUUUAUUCAUUGUAUCAUUAUAGCAUAUUUGAUCGGAUUUUCUGAAUGGUAAAUGUGUUACAUACUAACUCUUUCAUUUACUGCUAUAAUGAAUUUGCUUCAUAUUUUUCGGACACAAAACGUGCUCCUAGAAA